CCUAAGCCGAGGUAUCCAACAAUGGACACAAUGGCGACGGUACCUCAGCUCCAAGGGCGAGAAAACUACGAAACAUGGUACGCGUGCAUGAAGACAUACCUCCUCCAACACGAUCUCUGGGACAACAUCACAGGCGCCGAGCCCGAAGUAAGCAAACCAGCCAAACAGACCGCAUAUCAGGCACCGGAAGUGCCGCCUACGACGCACGUGGAGAUGGACCGCGAUGAGAAAAAGAGGAACAACGAAAGGCUGCGUGUCGAGCACUUGACCAAGUACACCAAGUGGCACGCAAAUAACUGCCGCGCACUUCAAGCCCUCUACAACUCGGUGCCUUCGCCAUGGCUACCGGACCUCGAAGUAUUCCCGACUGCAAAAACGCUGUUCGAGCACUUGGACUUCAGGUUUCGCAGCGAAUUGCGAAUGCAGCAGCCGUCUGUGCGGUAUGCCACGUGGACUAGGCUGCGGUAUGAUGGCGGAAACCUCGCGAAGUUUUUGAAGCGCUUUACUGUGACUCUAAGGAGCUGCGAGAGGGCUGGUCUGGUUGUUCCGGAACAUAUUAAAGUCCACCAGCUCCUUGCGGUCCUGGAUGCUGCUUUGCCGGCUUAUACCGAGGCAAGGCGCGAGGAUAUCUCCAAGGGGUAGACUGUCCUGCUGGAUGAUCUCGUUAAUCAAUUGACUGUAAGCUUAAAAUAUGGCUUCGGAUAACUUGACCAUCUUUCGGUUGCACCAUCUGCAAUCUAUACGUUGAGCGUAGCUAUUUAAUAGCAUCUGGG